AGUCUAGUAUCAGAAGCUUUUCAAGUGUGGUCUGAAAAUCAGAUCGAGAUGCGAUUGUUAUGUUUAUUACUCUGUUGGAUCUCGUUUCUAACGUUAUCAAUCUCAAUCGUUGCAUCGUCGGAUGAUCAAUUCACCGUCGACGGAACAGUACUAGAACUCACAGAUUCGAAUUUUGAUUCGGCGAUUUCAACUUUUGAUUGCAUCUUUGUUGAUUUCUAUGCUCCUUGGUGUGGCCACUGCAAGCGUCUCAAUCUCGCUUUAUUGCAGUUAGACGCAACUGCUCCAGUUCUAGCUAUAUUGAAGAAGCUCUAUGACCAUGGAGUUCCAAUGGAGUACUAAGGAUCGAGAAAGCAGAUUUGCUUGUCCGUUACUUGAAGAAGUUUGUUAUGCUUUGGUAUGCUUAGUUGUUAUAUGCUAUGGAAUUGAGGUUGGCUCUGGUUUGCCUUGUGUGUUAUGUUAUAGACAUGGAACAUAGUAAUGUGGUUCUUUUGUUUUAAUAGGAUUGUUAGAAGAGUCAAACUCUUUUUUUGAUGAUGUUUUCAGAUUGUGUUGUGUCUCAGAGAAUCAAGUUCAAGUGGUUUG